UGCUAGUUAUAUUCGUUAGCAUUAGCGCUCGUCUUUACCAAACAAUCGCGAUAGUUUACAGUCAAAAACUGGACCAGAAUGACUCACUACAAGAUUAUUUCCGUCAUAUCAUCAUCAAUUCAUCAGGAGGCGGGUCUCCUCUUUUCUCUGCUCCUCAUAGAGCCGUCGCUCCUGUUUUUGACGGUAUUUGUUUCAGACUCCGCGGACCGCCAGCUCUCCUCUCCCGCUUUUGGAUUGACCCUCACUGGACUGCUUCCUCCGGGAUGGCCGCGUCGAUUCUGGAGGAGGAAACACGUUAUGGAUCCAGUCCCUUGGCUAUGCUAACUGCGACCUGCAACAAAUUCGGGAGCACCAGUCCAGUCCGAGAUUCUGCCACACCUGGUAAACCGGGAAGCACCAUCCCUAUUAAAAAGGCCUACAGCAUGACUUCUGAACUCCAGAGCGCUAAAAACGGACGCAAUGAAAGCGUCGCGGACUCUUACACCGGCUCAUUCAGCUCAAGCGGAGGCUUGCUAACACCAACUGGAAGUCCUCCACCGGCUCCAACAGGAGCGUACGGCUCCGAAUACAACCCAUUCUCCACUUUCCAGACCUCCAGUGUUUCCCAGGACCCUUCGCUUUUGGGAUCCAAAGCCACUGCGGAUUGCCUUACAAGCGUCAAUACUUAUUUAGACAUGACGCAUCCUUACGGCUCAUGGUACAAAGGCAUCCAUCCAGGAAUCACUGCGUCUCCUGCUAACGCCACGUCUUCUUGGUGGGAUGUCCAUACUAAUGCCAACUGGCUAAGUCCAGGGCAGGCUCAGCCAGAUAGUCUCCAAGCACCACUGCAGCCGGUGGCUCCUCAAGCAUCGCUCAAUCCUCAAAUGCCGAGUUACACUCCUGAUUUCACGCCAUUGAAUCCGGCUCCGUAUCCAUCCGUAGGCUUGAGUUCUUCCUCACACUUGCUCCAAUCUUCACAGCACAUGCUCCCGCAGGACAUGUACAAACCCAAGCCCGUCCCGACAUCCGGGAUCCUGGAUAACUCAAUGGGGCUCAAAUCAGCUCGUGGUUCUGGAUACGCCGCUGGGUCUACCACCGGGAGGUCUUCUUGCGAUUGCCCGAAUUGUCAGGAGCUGGAAAGGCUCGGAGCGUCAGCAGCAUCGCUGCGGAAGAAACCUGUCCACAGCUGCCACAUCCCCGGCUGCGGGAAGGUGUACGGUAAAGCCUCGCAUCUGAAAGCCCACCUGCGCUGGCAUACAGGUGAGCGGCCGUUCGUCUGCAACUGGCUGUUCUGCGGGAAACGCUUCACUCGCUCUGACGAACUGGAGCGCCACGUCCGCACACACACCCGGGAAAAGAAGUUCACGUGUCUGCUGUGCAAUAAGCGCUUCACCCGCAGCGACCACCUCAGCAAACACCAGAAAACACACUCUGAAGCCAGCCUGCAGGGGAAAGAGGAGCCGGAGACCCGCGCCGAGGAGAGUUCUGCAGAUAAAGUGGCUCCGGCGGGGUCUGAGAUCGGCAUCCAGGAGCCGGCGGUCGGAGGAGAGGAAAAGAGCAGCACAGGCAACGGUGUGGACAGCGGCAGUGGACUGCUGGAGAUUUAACCUCUGUCCCCAGGACACACUGCUGCAGGAUUGGUGCUAAUCUGCAUUCUAAUGAUGCAAACAAACAAAACAACUUUAUUUUUAUUUUUUUAUUGCUACAUGUACGUAGUUGAGUAGUGCUUCAAACACUCUAAUAAAAGCGCCAGCCAAAUGUUGGGUCACAUGUGGACAAACCUAAGCAUUGGGUUAAAAUGUGUCAUUUAAAUUUAAUUGAACAAAUUUAAACAGCAUUGGUUUUGAACAAAUGAUCAUUUUUAGUGUGAUUUCUAAAAUAAUUAUGGGUCAUUUCAACCAAAUUUAGUCCAAUAUGCAUAGAACUAACUGCAGGCGUCAUUUAUUCAGUGUAAUUCAGAGGCAUAACUAUAAAUCAUCUUUGCAUUUGUCCAUAUUUUAUUUCAUGAGACACUUUCUGUGUUAUAAUAACCCAAAGUUGGGUCAUUUUUAUUAUUUAAAUGGGUUUAUCCAUAUUUGACCCAAUAUUGGGUUACAACAACACUCUAAAAAUGCUGCAUUGUUCAAAACCAUAUCAGGUCAAAUAUGGACAAACACAACAGUUGGGUUUGCCCAUAUUUGACCCAAACUUGCAUAAAAAACAGCAUUUUUAACACCUAACAUUUUAGAGUGUUGUUGUAACCCAAUAUUGGGUCAAAUAUGGACAAACCCAACCAUUGGGUUAAAAUGUGUCCUUUAAAUUUAAUUGGAAAAAUUAAACCAGCACUGGUUUAAAACAAAUGAUCAUUUUUAGUGUGAUUUCUAAAAGAAUUAUGGGUCAUUUCAACCAAAUUUAGUCAAAUAUGCACAGAACUAACUGCUGGCAUCAUUUAUUCAGUUCACUUUAGAGGCAUAACUAUAAAUCAACUUUGCGUUUGUCCAUAUUUUACCCAUUUCAUGAAACACUUGCUGUGUUGUUAAAACCCAAAGUUGGGUCAUUUUUAUUAUUUAAAUGGGUUUGCCCAUAUUUGACCCGAGCCAGCUUUUUAAAGACUGUACAUGUACAUAUGCUGGGUCAUGAUAGCCCAGACUCUUUUUUUAGAGUGAAUACAAAGUUUUUCUCAAAACUGCUCUCUAAAAAAUGUUGGGCUGUUUUACUCAAUGUUGGGUCAAAAAUGGCCAAACUCAACUAUUGGGUUCAUUCUUUUUAAUUACGCUUUGUAACCCAAAAGUCUGGUUUGCCCAUAUUUGACUCAAGUUUGGGUUACAACAACACUAAAAAUGCGACAUUAUUCAAAACUAUAUCAGGUCAAAUAUGAGCAAACACAACAGUUGGGUUUGCCCAUAUUUGACCCAAACAAUCAUUAUAAAAACUCAGCAUUUUUGACACCUAACAUUUUAGAGUGUUGUUGUAACCCAAUAUUGGGUCAAAUAUGGACAAACCCAACCAUUGGGUUAAAAAGUGUCAUUUAAACUUAAUUGAAAAUAUAAAACCAGCACUGGUUUAAAACAAAUAAUCAUUUUUAGUGUGAUUUCUAAAAUAAUUAUGGGUCAUUUCAAACAAAUUUUGUGUCAAAUAUGCACAGAACUAACUGCUGGCGUCAUUUAUUCAGUUCACUUCAUAGGCAUAAGUAUAAAUCAACUUUGCAUUUGUCCAUAUUUUAUUUUAUGAAACACUUGCUGUGUUGUUAUAACCCAAAGUUGGGUCAUUUUUAUUAUUUAAAUGGGUUUAUCCAUAUUUGACCCAAUAUUGGGUUACAACAGCACUCUAAAAAUGCAACAUUAUUCAAAGCCACAUCAGGUCAAAUAUGGACAAACACAACAGUUGGGUUUGCCGAUAUUUGACCCAAACUUGCAUAAUAAAACCCCAGCAUUUUUAACACCUAACAUUUUAGAGUGUUGUUUUAACACAAUAUUGGGUCACAUAUGGAUAAACCCAACCAUUUGGUUAAAAUGUGUCAUUUAAAUUUAAUUGGACAAAUUAAACCAGCACUGGUUUAAAACAAAUAAUAAUUUUUAGUGUGAUUUCUAAAAGAAUUAUGGGUCAUUUCAAACAAAUUUAGUCAAAUAUGCACAGAACUAACUGCUGGCAUCAUUUAUUCAGUUCAAUUCAUAGGCAUAACUAUAAAUCAACUUUGCGUUUGUCCAUAUUUCACCCAUUUCAUGAAACACUUGCCGUGUUGUUAAAACCCAAAGUUGGGUCAUUUUUAUUAUUUAAAUGGGUUUGCCCAUAUUUGACCCGAGCCAGCUUUAUAAAGACUGUACAUGUACAUAUGCUGGCUCUGCUCUCUAAAAAUGUUUGGUUGUUUUCCUCAAUGUUGGUUCAAAUAUGGCCUAACACAACUAUCGGCUUCAUUCUUUAAACUAUGCUUUGUAACCCGAAAGUCUGGUUUGCCCAUAAUUUACGCAAGUUUGGGUUACAACAACACUCUAAAAAUGCUACAUUAUUCAAAACCAUAUCGGGUCAAAUAUGGACAAACACAACAGUCUGAACAACCCAUAUAUAACCUAGAAUUUUUAAAGUGUUAUUAAACCCAAUAUUGGGUCAAAUAUGGACAAACCCAACCAUUAGGUUAAAAAGCGUCUUUUAAAUUAAAUUUUUUUUUUAAAUUAAACCAAUAUUGGUUUAAAACAAACAAUAAUUUUUUGUGUACUUUCUGAAAAACUAUUGGUGAUUUGAACCAAAUUUUGGGUCAAAUAGGGACAGAACCAACUGCUAGGUUUGUCCAAUUUGGGUUGAAACAAUGCAGCAUUUAUUAGAGUGAACAGCCUUAAAAAUGUUGGGUUGUUGUAACCCAAAGCUAGGUCAUAUAUGGACAAACCCAACCCCUGGGUUAAUUUGUAAAAUUCCUUUUUAACCUUAAAGUUAGGUUAUGAUUUGGUGUAGAUUGUCAAAUAUGGACAAACCCAACCAUUGGGUUGAAAAGUGUUAUUUAAUUAAAAAAAAUAUUAGGUUUGAGCCAGUGUUGGAUUAAAACAGCCAUUAUUUUUACCAUUGUGGUCAAUCAUUACACUUUUUAACCCAAUAAUUGGGUUUGUACAUAUUUGAUCCGAUUUGAUUUGGAACAACCCAGCUAUUUUAGAUGGUAGAGAGCAGUUUUGAGACCUUCAGGUUUUGAGAGAAAAACUUUGCACUCACUCUUCAAAAAUAGACUAGGCUGUUUUAACCCAUCAUUGUGUCACAUUUGGACGAACAUAAUGUUUGGUUCAUUUUUUCAAUUUAAUUUAAUUAUGCUUUUUAGGCCAAUGGUUGUGUUUGUCCAUAUUUAACGCAAUUUGGAUUUAAGUAAAAACCCAACUUUUGGGUUAAAAAGUCAUUUUUAAAAAUAACCCAAUGGUUGGGUUAGUCUAUGUUUGACCUAACAUUGGGUGGAACAACCAAGCAUUUUAAAAGCAGUACAUCACAAAUUCAUUUUGUAGACUUUUGGGUUUUGAGAGAAAAACUUUGUAUGCAAUAAAAUAAUGUUGGGUCACAUUUGAACAAACCCAAUGUAGGGUUAAUUUUUUCCAAUUUAAUUGAAAUGACUCUGUUUAACCCAGUGGUUGGGUUUGUCCAUAUUUGACCCAAUCAUCAACCUUUAUUUUGGAGUGUUUUCAGUACACAAGAACUUCAGGCUUCAGUUAGUCUGGAGUUUCCUUCAUUAUGGGGAGUAUUGUUGAAGAUGUUUAAUAUGAAUAUUGAAUUCUCUGUAUCUGUUUUAUUGUUAUCUUUGACGACCUUUAGAGGCGGCUGUUUUAGAUGCCCGAUGUGUGUCUUUAUUCUGUCAGAGAGUCUGACGUUUGGGCUUCCAAUACAUGCACACGUUGUGUUUUUUUGAUUUAAUUCAAAUGUAUUUCUUUUAUUUUUUUAAGCCUGUGUUUAGAAAACUUUCUUUGAUAGAUUCGAUCAGGACGUAAUCUUCAAUCUGGUGUACAGUGAACCAUAUAUGCUUUAAUUUCAUUUUUGGUCCUGCCGCUUGACUUUGUUUUAUUUAAUUUCCUAUUUACAUCAAAUCUAAUUUAUGUCUUAAAUUAUGAGCAGUUUGGAGACAGUUUUGUGUUUCACUGGUUUUGCUGAAUGGAGGUAGACCAUGAAGCGAGUCAUUUAUAAAUAAAUUAAGUCUUCUCAUUCA